UGGUGAUAUUUAAGCCACUGGCAGACUCUCUCCCCAUCCAUCUUUGCCUUGGCUCUGUCCCCUGCUGCUCUUUAAAGACAAAAGAGUCCCUCCAUCAGCACUCAGUCUCCCAACGAGUCGAGCACAAGACACUCCAAGAUGCCGGACACAAUCAUGUCCAAGGAGCCCAGUUCCAACCUUGAGAGUGCCAUGCAGAUGCUCAUAAAAACCUUCCACAAGUACUCUGGGAAGGAGGGUGAUAAGUACACUCUGAGCAGGGGAGAACUGAAGGAGCUCCUACUUGAGGAACUGGGAAGUUACCUAGGGAGCUCCAAAGACAACGAAGCAGUGGAGAAGGUGAUGAAUGAUCUGGACGCCAACAACGACGGCGAGGUUGACUUCACAGAGUUCAUCAUCCUGAUGGGUGCCCUAACGGUGGCCUGUAACGACUUCUUCCUUGAAGUCAAACCAGACGAGAAGCCGAAAGACGGGGCGGCGGAGAAGAAAGAUUGAAACUUUGCGAGAGAGGACAGAGGAGGUGGAGGAGAAGAAGCAGCGGAACAGAGGAGGGGGGAAAGGACUGUAAAACGGAUGGCUUUUUUUCCUCCAUUUUUUGUCUUACACAAUUUCUAAACACUAUAAACACAUAAGAGAGGAGAUGUCUAGCACUCAGGUUGUGGGGGUCACAGAACAUGAGGAAUUCAGUGGGAGUGCUGUUUUCCCCUCCAAAUGUUAUUCAUACCAUAACUAAUCCGGAUCAGGUUCCACAGCUCUUAAUGUACACAUCAGGGCUUCACCAUGUUUCAGCUCAGACUCAUCCGAGAUUUACAGUAGGGGAGGAAAAAAGAAAGAACCAGAUUGGAGAUGUGUGUUUGAGCCUUAUAAAUAUAUAUAGUUUCAGAUCAUUAUUCUAUUGUAUGUACUAAGUGUUGAAAGAUAGGCGGUCCUGCCUAUUUUCAAUAUUUUAUGGAAAUAACCAAUGCUUCGAAAUAUUAAAAAUUGUAUUCCCCCAAUGAGGAUCAUUUGG